GCAAGCCAUAUUUUGCAUCACUAUUACACUGCAUAUUAUAAACAAAAACCUUAAAUUUAUAAUUUUAUACAUUUUUAAUGUGGAAGUUCUAUAUUUGUAGUAUACUGAAUAGAAGUCGUGUGAAUUCGUAUAUGUACAUGUAUAUCUUAUAACAAUUCUCAACAUGGUAAAUAAAUAUCUCCACCUACAUAUGUGUUUCUUGUGCCUAAUUGGAAUAGGGAUACUAAUUUAUUUCGUUCAUCAGCGGCCUUCAUGUGAUUAUAAAGGAAUGUUAUUGAGUCGUAACAAAGUGCAAUCAUCCAGGACACCUCUCUACAUCGUAGUAGUCUGCUGUGGUCAACGAGUACAAGAGACACUUGUAAUGAUCAAAUCAGCAAUCCUUUUUAACUAUGAACAAGAGUAUCUCAAAUUUUUUAUUUUUACGGAGAAAGAAAAGGAUGAUGAAUUAAGAGAAAAGUUAACAGACUGGCAAACUACCAUCCUACCAUCGUUAUUUGCUUUUGAGAUUUUACCCUUGAAUUUUCCGAGUCAAAAUGAGAUUGAGUGGAUGAAUCUGUUCAAGCCCUGUGCCGCCCAGCGUCUAUUUUUGCCGUCUUUGUUGACCGAUGUGGACUCAUUGCUAUAUGUUGACACAGAUAUAUUAUUUUUGUCACCAAUAUCUGACAUAUGGAACUUUUUUAAAAAGUUUAAUGACAGUCAAAUUGCCGCGCUGACGCCUGAACACGAGAAUGAAAACAUAGGUUGGUACAACCGAUUUGCACGUCAUCCAUUCUAUGGCCGCCUUGGUGUGAACUCCGGCGUCAUGUUAAUGAAUCUGACACGAAUGCGGGAAUUUCAUUGGGAAAAACAUAUAUUAUCUAUACACGAAGAGUACAAGCUGCGUAUUAUAUGGGGCGAUCAAGACAUUAUAAAUAUACUUUUUUAUUAUUAUCCAGACAAACUAUUCGUAAUGCCCUGUGAAUAUAACUAUCGCCCAGAUCACUGUAUGUAUAUGAGUAUUUGUAACAUGACACACUCUGGUGUUAAAUUAAUACACGGUAAUCGGGGAUAUUUUCAUGCCGACAGGCAACCACUUUUCAAAAUUAUUUACGAAUCCAUGGAAAGUUAUCAGCUUGGAUCAAAUGCAAAUACCAAUUUUUUAUUGCCUCUACGCACGGCUUUAAAUCGAAAAUUAGUAAAUGAAUCUAGCUGCGGAAAGAUCUCAACAGAAGUGCUGAAAAUGGCUACUAAACUUUUUGGUAAUAUCUAUUAAGGGAUAAAGCACAGAUUAUCCGUGGGUCGAUAAAAAAUGAAUCUAGAAUUAUAAAACAAAUUGUAUACAACUAAUAUACUUAAGACCUAGAGUUAAAUAUAUUCCUAAUUAAAAAUAAAUAAAUAAA